AUGCCUACCGCUGCCGCCUACCUAACGCUGCUGCCUGGCCCUGCCGCCUGCCGCCGCUUCCUCCCGCCGCUUACCACUGCCUGCCACCGUCUGCCACCUCUUGCCGUCGCCGCCCACUGCCUGCCCCUAGUCGGGGCCUGCCAGCCGCCACCACCUGGCCCCACCACCUGCCCGCCGCCGCUUCCUGCCGCCACCACCUGUUGCCACCUGCGGCUACUGCGUACCCCCAAUGCUGCACCGCUGCAGCCGCAGACGCCACCCGCUGCUGCUGUCACCGCUGCCACCUCUGCUACUGCCUGCUGCCGCCUGCCACCGCCUGCCACCGCCUGCCUGCCGCUGCCUGCCACCGCUGCCCACCACUGCUGCCACCGCCACCUGCCACCGCCUUGCUGCUGCCGCCACCAGUCAGUACUACCACUGCCGUCUGGCACUGCCGCCCCUGCUGCCACUUACCUCUGCCUGCCGCCGCCACCUGCCUUCUGCCACCCACCGCCCUUGCCUGCGCCUGCAGCCUGCUGCCCGCCGGCAUCCGUGGCCAUCGGCCUGCCACCGCCGUCUGCUGCCGCAGCCUGGCUCCACCGGGCCCAGCUACCUAACACCGAGAAUGCAUGCCAACGCUGCCUGCCUACCCCCACCGCUGCCGGCACUGCUGGCCUAACGCUGCCACCUGCCAAUCGCCACAGCUGCCGCCUCCCUAAUGCUGCUGUCUGCCACCUGCCUGCCCCCGCCGCCUGCCUGCUGCCGCCGCCUGCUAUAUCCUUGCACCACCCGCGGCCCUUACCUGCCGUGGCCUGCCUGCCAGCCGCUGCUUACUGCAGCCUGCACCUGCUACCUCUUACCUGCCACCACCGCCUGCCUACUGCUGGUGCCUGCAGCCUGCCCGUGCUGUCGCCUGCUGCCACUGCCGCCUGCCUUCGCUUCCUGCCGGGGCUGCCUGCUACUACCUACCACCACCGCCUGUCUGCCAACCCUGCCUGCCGCCACCCAGCAUCCUUGCCUGUGUCCCCCUGCCUCCGCCUGCCUGCCCGCACCCCCUGCCGCCGCUUACCGCUGCCUACCGGCGCCACCUGCCACCACCACCACCACCUGCCUACCGCGGCCGCCUGCAGCCCGCUGCUGACGUUGCCUGCCACCGCCUGCCUGCCCCCACUGCCCGCUGCCUGCCACGGUCCGCUGCCGCUUCCUUACCACCGCCGCCUGCUGCCGCUUACCACUGCCCGCCACCGCAGCCCGCCACCACCGCAUGCCUACUACUGCCGCCUCCCAACAGCUGCAAUUCCCGCCUUCCUAACACUGCUGCCUGCGGCCACCACCUGUCCCCGCCACCUGCCUGCCACUGCUUGUUGCCACCACCGCCUGUUGCCAUCUGCGGCUACUGCCACCAGCCUCCGCUGCCUAACCUCGAAGAUGCCUGCCAACGUUGCCUGCCUACCGCCGCCACCUGCUGCCGCUGCCCCCCGCAGCCCGCUUGCUCCCACCGCCUGCCGCUGCCGCCUGACGCUGCUGCCGUCUGCUGCCCUCACUGCCUGCCGCCGUUGCGGCCCGCCUCCCCCUGCCACCUGCCCCUGCCGCCUGCCGCCGCUUUCUGCAAUCGCUUAUGGCCGGCUACGACUGUCAGCCGCCACUUCCUGCCUGGCCCCUGCUGCCUGCAGCCCGCCACGGCCUGCUGCUGCUUACCUACCACCGCCGCCUACCCCCGCCUGCUGCCACUUACCACUACCCGCCACGGCAGCCCACCGCCACCACAUGCCUACCGCUGCCGCCUACCUAACGCUGCUGCCUGGCCCUGCCACCUGCCGCCGCUUCCUCCCGCCGCUUACCACUGCCUGCCCCCGUCUGCCACCUUUGCCGCCUCCGCCCCCUGCCUGCCCCUAG